AUGGCAGAUUCACAUUCAAAUGGAAAGAAUGUUUGUGAACCCUCAUCUUCACCAUAUAAAAGAAAUAUGAAUCGUCCACUAUGUGGAAUAGCUUUGUUUGGUCCGAUCAGGCGGGGUGAUUUUUUGGAUAAAAUACACAUCGGACGACCUACAUACCUGGUUCCGCAUGAACAGCUUGAAAACAAUAAUCCAAGGGUUUCUGCGAAGAUUGCUCCAUUGAGAGAGUUGGAAAUUUCUCUAUUCUGGAUGCCUGUAGCUUUGAAAUCGACGUGCAUAUAUAGGAUUUUCUUCAGUACGGCAGCUAUCUGUGCGUUCGGAGGAAAUGAACUUUUUGGUGAAAUGAAAAACCGACUAAAAUUAAGAUCAACUGGACAUUCAGAUACUAAAGAAUCGCCUUCAGAAAUGUUGACGAACAAUGCAGUUGAACAGCAGGAACCAUCUUCAUAUGACAAUACUUCUUCUAGUAUGUCAGCGAACUCCAGUCCCAGAUCAUCAAUAUAUGAUGAUUUUGAACAAUCUGAGUCGAAAACAGUAUCAGAUAUUUUAUUGAAUCGUGCACGUAAACCUCCUACACGAAAACCGACCUUGAAUCGUUGCUCAGAUGUUCCUAAUAGACAAUCAUUUAACACUUCUAGUACCUCAGUUAUGUUUCAUCCAAAUGUUAAUUGCUGUACAGACUAG